GCGUGUACUUUUAUAGGUCUCCUCCAACAGCUCACCCGCGCCUUCAUGGAGUUGAGGGACCUAUCCCCCAUCCCUCCCUCUGGGAAUUUACCUCUUCUUUGUCUCUUCUAACUUAUUUUAGAUUCAAAUCUGCAGUCUCCGAUUCCAGUUUUGAAAAUUUUAGGUCAGAGAUCCUUCCUUGAAUGCACAGUGAAGCAGCUGUGGCGGCAGCAUGGACGGGUUUGCAGGCAUGAGGAAGGUGGCAUCGCGCUGCUCCAUGGCGGAGGAGGACGACGAUCUAGACCUCGCUCGGUUGCUGGACAAGCCGAAGGUCAACAUAGAACGCCAGAGAUCCUUCGAUGAGAGAUCGCACAGUGAGCUUUCUAUAAACAUUCGGGCGAUUGAUGGCUUCGAGAGCAUGUAUUCUCCCGGCGGAAUGAGGUCCGGCUUGAAUACGCCGGCGUGGUCGGCGAAGAACUCGUUCGAAACACACCCUGCGAUUGCGGAGGCUUGGGAAGCACUUCGACGCUCGGUGGUUUACUUCCGUGGUCAGCGGGUCGGAACGAUCGCGGCUUUUGAUCAUGCCUCUGAGGAAGUCCUAAAUUAUGAUCAGGUGUUUGUUCGUGAUUUUGUACCGAGUGCGCUCGCAUUUUUAAUGAACGGCGAGCCGGAAAUUGUAAAAAAUUUUCUCCUUAAAACUCUCCUUCUUCAAGGCUGGGAAAAGAAAGUUGACCGAUUCCAACUUGGGGCAGGUGUCAUGCCAGCAAGCUUUAAGGUUCUUCAUGAUCCUCAUAGGGAAGUUGACACUAUAGUUGCUGAUUUUGGUGAGAGUGCAAUAGGUAGAGUUGCACCAGUUGACUCUGGAUUCUGGUGGAUUAUUCUGUUGCGUGCAUAUACGAAGUCAACGGGCGAUCUCUCACUCGCUGAAACUCCAGAAUGUCAGAAGGGAAUGAGGCUUAUAUUAACUUUGUGCUUAUCAGAGGGAUUCGACACAUUCCCAACCUUACUUUGUGCGGAUGGAUGCUCAAUGAUAGAUAGAAGGAUGGGUGUUUAUGGGUAUCCUAUCGAGAUCCAAGCCCUUUUCUUCAUGGCAUUAAGGUGCGCUUUGAUAAUGCUCAAACAUGAUGCUGAGGGGAAGGAAUGCGUUGAGCUAAUCGUGAAGCGCUUGCAUGCUCUGAGUUAUCACAUGAGGAGUUACUUUUGGAUUGAUUUUCAACAGCUGAACGACAUAUAUCGUUUUAAAACAGAGGAGUAUUCUCACACAGCUGUCAACAAAUUUAAUGUGAUUCCUAACUCGAUCCCAGAAUGGGUUUUCGACUUUAUGCCUAAUCGUGGCGGAUAUUUUGUUGGAAAUGUGAGUCCGGCAAGAAUGGAUUUCAGAUGGUUUGCGUUGGGUAAUUGCGUCGCUAUUUUAUCAUCGCUCGCUACUCCGGAGCAGUCAAUGGCUAUAAUGGACCUCAUCGAAGCACGAUGGGAAGAGCUAAUUGGAGAAAUGCCGAUGAAGAUUACUUAUCCUGCUCUAGAGGGCCAUGAAUGGAUGAUUGUCACCGGAUAUGAUCCGAAAAAUACGAGAUGGAGUUACCACAAUGGAGGAUCUUGGCCAGUGCUUCUGUGGCUGCUUACUGCAGCCUGCAUCAAGACGGGCCGGCCUCAGAUAGCUCGACGAGCGAUCGAGCUCGCCGAGAGCCGGCUUCUGAAGGAUGCUUGGCCGGAAUAUUAUGACGGAACGCUCGGCAGGUUUAUAGGAAAGCAGGCGAGGAAGUUCCAAACAUGGUCGAUUGCAGGCUAUCUUGUGGCAAAGAUGAUGCUGGAAGACCCCUCACAUUUGGGAAUGAUUUCCCUCGAGGAAGAUAAGGCAAUGAAGCCGCUCAUUAAGAGAUCUACUUCCUGGACGCGCUGAGAGUUUCAGAUUGUAAUUUUACCAAAGAAUUGGGCUGUCUGGUAUGAUAUAAAGUUCAUAAACAUCCUUUUUCUAGGGUGAGGUUUAUAAAUAAUGAAUUUAAGGUUGAGCUUUGUUCAUAAUAAAGUUUUACUGGUUCUUCAUGAACUAAAUGAUAAACAGAGCCCAAUGAAGGCGAUUUGUUUCUAUUUUUGUUUUUGUAUUUGGAAUGUUGGAGAUCAAAACUGUAUUUUUAAUGCAUCAGUGAUUUUGUGGUGAUUCAAUGGAAAUCAAAA